AUGGCAGUCAGACUGUGUGAUGUGGCUUCUCUGCUUAGAAGUGGUUCGUGGGCAGCAGAGCCUUGGACUGGGCAGGUAAUUGCUGCCAUGGAAACACAACUGUCUAAUGGGCCAACUUGCAAUAACACAGCGAAUGGUCCAACCACCAUAAACAACAACUGCUCAUCACCAGUUGACUCUGGGAACACAGAGGAUAGCAAGACCAAUUUAAUAGUCAACUACCUUCCUCAGAACAUGACACAGGAGGAGCUGAAAAGCCUCUUUGGGAGCAUUGGUGAAAUAGAGUCCUGUAAGCUCGUAAGGGACAAAAUAACAGGGCAGAGCUUGGGGUAUGGCUUUGUGAACUACAUUGACCCUAAGGAUGCAGAAAAAGCUAUCAACACGCUGAAUGGAUUGAGACUUCAAACCAAAACAAUAAAAGUUUCCUAUGCUCGCCCGAGUUCGGCUUCGAUCAGAGAUGCAAAUUUGUAUGUCAGUGGACUUCCAAAAACAAUGACCCAGAAGGAAUUGGAGCAGCUCUUUUCCCAGUAUGGACGAAUUAUUACUUCCCGUAUUCUAGUUGACCAAGUCACUGGAGUUUCAAGGGGUGUAGGCUUUAUCCGAUUUGACAAGCGGAUCGAGGCGGAAGAAGCUAUCAAAGGUCUCAAUGGCCAGAAACCUCCAGGUGCCACAGAGCCAAUCACUGUAAAGUUUGCUAACAAUCCAAGCCAAAAAACCAAUCAGGCCAUCCUCUCUCAGCUGUACCAAUCUCCAAACAGAAGGUAUCCAGGACCACUAGCUCAGCAGGCUCAACGUUUUAGGUUGGACAAUCUGCUCAAUAUGGCUUAUGGAGUAAAGAGUAGGUUUUCUCCAAUGACCAUUGAUGGAAUGACCAGUUUGGCUGGAAUUAAUAUCCCAGGGCAUGCAGGAACAGGGUGGUGUAUUUUUGUGUACAACUUGGCACCGGACGCAGAUGAGAGUAUCCUGUGGCAAAUGUUUGGUCCCUUUGGAGCUGUCACCAACGUGAAGGUCAUCCGUGACUUUAACACCAAUAAAUGCAAAGGUUUUGGAUUUGUGACUAUGACAAACUAUGAUGAGGCCGCCAUGGCAAUAGCUAGCCUGAAUGGAUACCGCCUGGGAGACAGAGUAUUGCAGGUGUCCUUUAAAACAAACAAAACGCACAAAGCCUAA